AUGCGUGACUACAAACAGAAUAUUCGUAUUUGUAUUUUCAUACCGAACCUGUGUGUUUCUCCGCAAUAUAGAGAUUGGGAUAGUAGUUUGAAUUUGGUUAUGGCUGAAAUCCUCAUGGUAAUAAAAUUCUUUCUAUUACAAAACCAGACAGGAAACAAAGUUGCAAUAGUUGGUAAUGGUAGAUGUGACACCCAACCAACUUUUUCGGUUUCUGUUGAAGGAGCCUUGCAGAAUUUACCAAAGGUGGUGAUACAAAUAAAGACUAAUGAUACCUCAUCUGUUCAGAUAAGUCAGAGCGUGUCCUUCUCAAAGUGGAUAAGUUUGGUCAUAGUGAAAACUGAAAGUGAUAUCAGAGUGAAACUAGAUAAAAACCCUGAAGUUAUUCAUCCAGCUGGGAAAGUCGAAAGGCACGACUGUGCAUUUGGUGUUGGAAAUAUGACCAAUAUGACCAACUUAGUUGGUUAUGUCAAAGACUUUUACUUUGCCAAAUGUUUGGACAACUGAAGCAUCGGUGGUUAAUUAUCCGCAUGAAAUACCGACAUAUUAACAGCUUUUUUUGAAAUUACUUUUCAUUUUUUUUUUUAUUUUGACUAAAAUAAAAUUAUCUCGCAUGAA